AUGAUUGAAUUAAGAGAGAUUAUAUCAUUAUUAUCAUCUCAUCCAAUCUUUUCAAAAGGUUUAAAGAAGAAUAAUAGUAAUAGUAGUAAUAACAAACAUCAUGCAACUAUAGAUGAUGAACACUUUCAAUUUAAAUCAAAGAAUCUAUUAAGCAUUAGUAAUCAAUAUCAUGAAAUCUAUUACUUUAAUCCAUACAUUAAACAACUUUAUGUAAUUAGAAUUGAAAAUGAUUUUAAUCAAGGAGUUUAUUCUAUAAAAUAUCAAGAAAUUAAAACAAAUAUUGAUUAUGAUGUUUAUAAAAUACAAUUAAAUGAAAAUGCAAGAUAUUUAAUGGUUUGUGGUACUUUUAAAUGGACGAUAAUAGAUUUAAAUCCAACAUUUAGAAGUUUAUAUUUUGAACAAUUACAAUCACAACAACCAGAUAUUAAAACAUUUGAAUAUCAACCUAUUCAAGCUGUUUUACGUGUUGAUAGUUCACUUCAACCAAUUACUGAACUUGAUACAAUCAUUAAUCAUAUUGAUUGGCAUCCACUUAGUAAUAUUCAUAUUAUUAUCUUAUUUUCAAAUAAUUAUUUAAAAAUAUAUAAUAUAACAACAAAAAUUUAUGAAGAAGAACAAUCAUUUAAUCUUGGACAUUUAGAAAUACAUAAUUCAAUUGGAAAGGAAUAUUCAAUGGAACAAGCAAAUCCAAUUUUUAAAUCAUUUUGUUUUGGACCAUUGAUUAAUGAUUGGACAAGAUUUUCAAUAUAUUUGGUGGCAGAUGAUUGUAAUGUCUAUCUAUUAUGUCCAAUUAUACCAAAUAAUUGUUUGGUAGAUUGUGAUUUUAUAAAAAGAUUACAAAGUCGUAUAUUGAAACAAAAACAAGAAUCCUAUAAACAAGAGGGAUUGGCCAAUUAUUAUGAAACUCUAUUUCAAUGGAUCCUCUCAUUGACUCUUAAUAAUUCAGUUUAUGAAAUUGAAAAUAGAAAAUGGAUCAAAUUGACAAUAUCUGAUAAAAGAUCUUUUACUCCAAUCAUUCAAGGUCCAAUCUUUUAUUCAAAUCAAAAAAAACAAAUUACCACUAUUUCCUCUAUUGCUCCAAAUAUUGAAAAAGAGGUUGUUGACCAAAAUGAAAAUAGAUUAAUUCCAUUUUCAAUUGUUUUGGUACUUUCAAAUUCAACUUCAAUCGUUACAAUCUCUUGUCAAGAUAAUUUUCCUCAUUUUAAAAAUUUUAAUGUAAAAAAUUUAAAUUUAAAGAAUGAAUUAAUUGAAUAUGAAAAAUUAGAAUUUAAAGAAAUGGUAUUUCAAGAUAAUAUUUCAUCAAAUUAUUUAUCAUUUUCAAAUCCAUCGGUAUUGAUGGAUUCAUUAACCAAUUCUGCCUAUUUCUAUCAUAAUAAUGGAGUACAUUGUGCACAAUUUACAUGGUUACCACAACUAUACAAAAAAAUCAAUGGUUUACAAGAGACCUCGAUUGAAGAGGAAUUGGAUGAAACUAGUUUGACUACAAUCAUUCAUGGUUCUACUACAAGUGAUAAUAUUCCAACUCCUAUUAUUGGUUUGAUCAUUUUAAAUGAUGUAAAGCUGGGUAAUUAUUUGAUUGCUCUACCAAAUACUCUUAGAAGUAUUUUAAUUGAUUUGGAUGGUAUAGUUUCAAAAUUUAAAGAAAAUGAAAAAAACAAUAACGAUAAUAAUGGUGAUGAAUUGGAGUAUAUUGGAAUGGAACCACUUGUUGGACUGGUUCAAGAAUUGGCAUUUAUUCCAAAAGUAAUUUUAAAAGAUAAUUCAAUGAAAGAUACUCUUUCAAUUGUUUCAAAUUUUAGACAACAAAUUUUUGAUCGUCAUGUUACUCUUGCUGAAAAUGAACAAUUUAUUAAAUCUAGAUUAAAAAGUUUAGAAAGAAUAACAGAUGAUCAAAAAAAUACAUUGAUCAAUUUAAAAAAUAGUAUUAUUGAAAUUAGAAAAAAACAAACCAACUUGAAAGAACAAAUGUCAUUUUAUUGGAAACAACAUGAAUUGUUAAAUGAACAAUUAAAUGCUCUUACCAUGGUGGAAAAUGAAGGUAAACCACUUUCAAAUGCUGAAAUUGAUCUAAGAAAUGAAUUAAAAUCAAUGAUUCAUAAAAUUAAUAUUUAUAAAGAAAAAUUAUCUCAUUUUGAAAAAUAUCAACCUUUACCGAAACAAAAAGAAGAAUCUUUAUCAUCACAAUCAUUUAAAUUACCAAAAGAUCAUCAAAUUCAAAUUCAACAAAAUCUAUUUGAUCAAGGUAAAGAUAUUGAUGAGAAUAAUCAAUUAUUGGAUCAAUUAAUGAAAAAAUUAUCAUUGUUUAAGAAAUAA